AUGACUUUGGACGCGGCGACGCUCUCAUCUAACUUAGAUGCACUCAUAAAGAAAUAUGCAGAACAAAUAAAGAAAGUAAAAUCCAUAUUGAAAACAAAAAAUAUAAGCGAACAAACGGAGGAUUCGAUAAUAAUAAGGUACAUUCUUUCCUAUGGAGAAAAGUUAGAUGAAGCGGCAGACUCCAUUGAAAAAGCGAUUCAUUGGAGAAAAACCAACAUUCACCCAUUACUAAAAAAUAAUAAAGUAUGCUUCAAAACAGAUGAAGAUGUUAUAUUGCCAAUUAGAAUAAAGCCAUAUUAUUCCCUCAUAAAAAAAUCCCUAGCUGCAUGUACGCAUAAGACGACCAUAGAUAAGCAACCAAUUGUUAUUGGCAGACUUAAGUUAUGUAAUUUUACCCUUCUCCUGGACCACGUCCCAGAAAGCAUCCUAAUUGAUUAUAUUGUAUAUUCGAAUGAACAUGAAUUCGUUGUAUGUAAUAAGCACUCAAAAGAACAUAAUUUUAUUUGUCGAACUUUUCGCUUUAUCGACUUAAAAGGAUUUAUGUUGAAAAAAUUUGAUAGGAGAUUUUUGAAAGUCUUUGCCAACACAUCAAAACUCUCUGAAUUUUUGCAUCCGCAAUUGGUUGGAAAAACGUACCUAAUAAACGCGCCGUCCUACAUAAGAAUAACCAUAGAAACUCUUAAGACCUUCGGGAUAAGCCGCAGGACGCUGAACAAAUUAGAAAUCCCCAAAAUUAUUUCAAACAAGGAACCUGCGGAUUGCGAAUGGUUCUCUGUACUAGUCGAUAAAAAUAACAUUCCUUCCUACUUGGGGGGAAAAUGUAAAUGCGAGAAUGGAUGCAUCCCAGGAUUUAAAAACGAGUUGGACGAUCCGCUAAACUUAAACCCGGAGGAAGUGAAGACAGAAAUUAACAAUAAUCUGUUAAAAUUAAAAAAUCAAUAA